GUUUUGUGAUCCAUUUUCGAUUUCUCAUUAAUCUAACCCUUCGGGGGAUACAAGAAUAGGCUUUAAAACAGAUUUUGGGAUCUUUUGUCUUCCUCUGUGUAAAGAAUUCCAGGAUGAGGAACUCCGGUGCUUUUGUAUUGUUACUUAUUUGUAUCUUUGUACAUGGAACUCAUUCAUUUCUGUUCCAAAAGACCGCAGCAUGUCAGCCUGUAGGAAAACCAUUCUAUUUCGGUAAAACCAACAUUUGGUGCAUGUCCCUAUUCCCCAGGCGUGUGUCCCGAUCUCCGAGGCGUAACCCGUUCGGAAUUUCCCAUCGCUGGAUUUGGUACGAUGGUCAUUUUCUGGAAUUUGGAACACGACCACAUUCUAGUGUCGUAAUCAGAACCACGCAUCCGAUGGUAGGAGAUUUCUGUCCAACGAAAAGGGAGAGGAAACCAGCAGGCUACAGUGUAUUACCGGUGGAAUGUAUAGUCGGAUGCGCACGCAACUAUGAGAGAGUGUAUGGAAAAUUUAGCAAAACGAAGAAUAAUUGCCAUAUGUUUACGAACAGGAUGGCCGAAAUUCUCUGCCACUAUACCGUCUGUCCACACUGGUGUUUAGGAUGA